AUCUGCUGAGUUGGAUGACAAGCGGAUCGUAAACAAACUCCGCCGUGGAGGACUUGAAUGUCGACUAAAUUGAAUCGGAUUGUUGUUUUUGUGUCCUGAAAACAUGUAUUUAUCAAUUUUUCCGACUACAAUCUCUGUUAUGCUUACAUGUGACAAGCGGUGUCCGUUUAAAUCAGGUUUAAAUAAAAAAGAAAAGGGAGUUCUGUAGACGGAGUGUACAUGUCUAAAAUCAACCCACAAUGCACUGUUCUUGAUCAGGUGCACAUUACUUAAAUGAUGAUUCCCAUCAUGGUAUGAGCGUUGAACUUGCAUGAAGAGAUGAUCAUACCAAGCAAGGAACUAUUGAAAGAAAAGUUGCUCUUCUGUGAUUGGUGGGAGUGCAGGCCUGAUCAUCUGCUAUUGGCUGCCUGUUUCUUUGAGUAUCUGCUCUCUCCUGAUGUACUGCAGGGGGAAGGAGUGAGUGCAAAGAAAGGAAAAAAGGGAGGGACUGAGGGAAAAGAAAGAGGGAGCAGAGUUUUCAUAUUCUUCGGAUAAGCCGCGUCAGUUAAUGCAUUGGGAGCCUCAGAACUUGUUCCUCCACAAAAGGAAAAUAAUUCAAAUCAGCUCUGUGCUGUGCUUUCUGAUGAAGAGACAGUGGUGUCAUCAAUUGUAGAUUCACAGAUGGCUGCACUGCGCAAAGAUGGGAGCAGACAUGACAAUGGAUCUGUAUUGAUAGCUUGUGAUCAAUAAGGACAAUAUCAGAGGGGUGACAUUUAAGGGACGUAAAGCCAGGCUUGUGAGAGUGCAGACAUGACUACAUAUUAAACUUCAUGGCAUCUCCAGAAUCUCUUAACCCUCCUAAAAAAGAGUCCAUGGUUCCUGGUGUGACUCAAAAGCAGCAGGAGGGUGAAGAUGAUGGUGAUGAAGAUGAGGAAACUGGUGAGAAGUUCGAGUUUGAUGACAGCGAAGACGAGCAGAAUACAGUGGAGAACUCUGCUCAGAAUAAAGAGUCAAAAACUCUUCAUGUGGAUGCUGAGCAUUCAGAGAGUACUAAAGGUAGCACUGCCGCAAAUGCACUUUAUUGUCAAGCUAUGACGCAUGUUACAAAGGAUAAUCAGCAAACAGUAAAUGGAGAGACCCCUGCUGGUCUGGAGGACCAAAAUAUCCCCACAUAUCCUCACACAACAUACCCAGACAUGGUAGCCAGACAAUCUCCUGAUGGGAGUUCCAUCUCAGCCGAGCCUCGAGUAGCCGAUGAACAAGAGAGCAUUUGGAAAAGAAAUAAUAUUUAUGAAGGUUCAGAUUUUGGGCCAGAAGGCUUCUACACACUUAUACAGAAGUCCCCGCACAAACUGGUUCAGACAGCCCCGGUUCACUCUCGGGAAUGGUUCAGUGUGGUUUCAGAGCUCACUCUGCGACUGCAUAAAGGGAAAGCUGUUUCUGAAUCAGCUGGAGAUUCACCACCAGAACAGCUGAAGGUAAACUCAGCUCCUUCUGCUCGCUCAGAGGUCAUCUACGAUGAUGUGCCGUGUGAGAACAACUCGCCCCCAGAUGCAGAGGAUGAUGUGAUCUAUGAGGAGGUGCAGAGGUCUGGCGAGUCCGCACUGAUAGACAACGGCUGGGGUUCCAGUGAGUUUGAGAGUUACGACGAGCAGUCAGACAGCGAGACCAAGCAGCCCACCCGCAAUAAGAUUUCCCCCGAUGUACGGCGUCUGAAGCAACGCUGUGUCCAGACCAGGCGUGAGCUAGCCAUGCGGUUAGGGGCUCGAGAUGUUGGCCAACUCAAACAAAACUAUGACAUUAAGGUUCAACAGCUAAUGAAAGCAGCUAGGAAUGGCACGAAGGAUGGACUGGAAAAGACCAAAAUAGCCAUGAUGCGCAAAGUGUCCUUCCUGAGUAAAAAAGACUGCACAGAUGACACAGAGGAUGAUUCUGGAUAUCUGGAUGUGACUGUAUCCGAACUCAAACAUCCACCACCUCAACUUUCUCCAAUGCCAGAAGGACUCAGUGGCCAACAGAUUGUCAGACGUCAUAUUCUUGGCUCUAUCAUCCAGAGUGAAAGCAGCUACUUAGACUCACUCAAGAGGAUCCUGCUGGAAUAUAAGAAGCCUUUGAUGGAGGCGGAGCCCCGGAUCCUGAGCUUGAAGAAGAUCCAGCCUGUUUUUUAUAGGCUGAAGGAGAUCCUACAGUGUCACUCCAUGUUUCAGAUUGCUCUGGCGUCCCGUGUAGCAGAAUGGGAUAGCACUGAGAAAAUCGGAGAUCUCUUUGUUGCUUCAUUUUCCAAGUCAAUGGUGCUAGAUGUGUACAGUGACUAUGUCAACAACUUCACUAAUGCGAUGGCUCUGAUCAAGAAAGCUUGUAUGUCCAAGCCAGCAUUCCUGGAGUUCCUCAAGAAGAAGCAGGCUGCCAGUACAGACAGAAUCACACUCUAUGGCCUGAUGGUCAAACCAAUCCAACGCUUUCCUCAGUUCAUACUCCUCCUGCAGGAUAUGCUGAAAAACACCCCUGCAGGGCAUCAGGACAGGCUGCCGUUGCAGCUGGCCCUCACUGAGCUUGAGACUCUCGCCGAGAAGCUAAACGAGCAGAAACGGCUGGCCGAGCAGCUCGCCGAGAUUCAACAACUCGCUCGUAGCAUCGGUGACCGCACCCUUAGUAAGCAGCUGAACUCUGAUCAGAAGCAGCUGAUUCUGUCCGAGACAUUGAUUGAGACCGUCUAUGGUGAGAAGGGUCAAGUCCUCAAGUCUAAGGAGCGCAAAGUCUUCCUCCUGAAUGACAUGCUCGUCUGUGCAAACAUCAAUGUAAAAGACAUUGAAACGGGCAUUGAUAACAUCUUUGAGGAGCCAAGAGGUCCUCCAGAUAUCAGCAGCCUAGUCCCUAUCGGUCCAAAAUACGCAGUUAAAUGGAGUGCCCCCCUGCUGCAAGUGCAAGUGGUGGAGGUGGGCCAGGAGACCCCCCAGUGUAAAGACAACGUCUACCAGCACAGUGGAAGCAAGCGCCUGAGCUCCACCAACUCUCAAGGAAAGCUGUUUCUGGGACCACCACGGCUGUUCCAGGAACUGCAGGAGUUACAGCAUGAUCUUUCUGUGGUAGAGGAAGUCACGUUGUUGGUGGGCACCUUGCAGGGAUCGUACCAGAAUCUCAACACUACGGUGGGACAGGACUGGUGCAUGGCUCUUCAGAGGCUCAUCCGCAUCAAAGAGGACGAGAUCCAGUGUGCCAACAAGUGCCGUCUACGGCUGAUGGUUCCUGGGAAGCCUGACAAGUCUGGCCGUCCAGUCAGUUUCACCGUGGUCUUAGGCACGCCCAGUCCAAUUAGCAAAAUCUCCUGGGUCAAUCGCCUGCAUCUGGCCAAAAUCGCCCUGAGAGAAGAGAACUUGCCUGGAUGGGUGUGUGUAGAGGACGAUGAAAAGACUAAGCCUCCAUUCUGGUGCCCGUUACUGGCCUGCCGAGUGCCUGUGUUUGCCCCAAAAGUGCAAGAUCUGAAGUUGCAGGCUGCCCUAUAUAACCCUGUCCACUGUGCACUUCUUGGUUUUUCUGCCGCCAGCACAUCCUUGCCUCAGGGCUACCUCUGGGUGGCUAGUAGGGGUGACGACUCCCAUGGGCAGGUGGAGAUUUUCUCCCUUAACCGACCCACUCCUCGCUCUGUCAAGAGUUUCUCUCUAGGUUCCCCGGUGCUUUGUCUGGAGUAUAUCCCAGAGCCCAGUACCGAUGAAGAACUGGAGACACAGACCUCUGAAGUUCUUUCCAAGAUCGGCAACACCAUCUGUGUAGGAUUAUUGGAUGGCAACAUCCUGGUUUAUGGAAGUGUGGACUCUGCUGCUCAGUGUCUGCUAACAUUCUGUAACCCUGAGGGCUGCCCGGUUCUGUGCCUGAAACACGCUGCCAACUUUCUGUUCGCUGGACUGAGUAAUGGAAAAGUUGCCAUUUACAACAGAAAGAGUGAAGAGGGGUUGUGGGAUCCAGAUUCCUGCAGACAUGUGGUUAUUGGAUGUGCGCCCGUCCUCAAACUCCUCCGAAUAGACGAGUAUGUGUGGGCCAGCUGUGCCAACCAGGUCUCUGUGAUUGAGGGCUCCUCUCUCAAGACUCAGAGUUUUGAAGUUCAUCCAGACCCUAUGGUUAGUGUGAGCCACAUGGUGCGCGCUGGAGGAGGGGUGUGGAUGGCGUUUUCAGAGGGAUCAUCUUUACGUCUGUUUCACACAGAAACAUUGGAACAUCUUCAAGAGAUCAACAUUUCAACACCCUCUGCAUAUUUGAGCCCUGGUAAAAAAGCUGUGUGUGUAACCAGCCUGCUCAUCUGCCAGGGGCUUCUAUGGGUGGGCACAGCUCAGGGCAUUAUUGUCACCCUGCCAGUGCCCAGACUGGAAGGCAUCCCCAAAAUAACAGGUAAAGGGAUGACCUCACUCAAUGCUCAUAGCGGCCCCGUUGAAUUCUUGCUGGCAACCUCCAGCGUUUUACCUCAAGAUUUCCUGAAGCGAGAUUCUUCCACGGAGGGUGCGGAUUCAAAUAUUGGAGGUGAGGAUAAGGAGGCGACAAAUUCCUCUCAGGAGUCGCUCCAGCAGGCGGAUGGCUCUUCUCAGGGAGAGGCUAAAGCCAAAGGAGUGCUGCUGCAGUACCACCUCCGCUCUACCUCCCAGCUCCCAGGAAAAGUCCUGACGGGCCGGCCUGAGGAAUCGUCCAACUCGACCCAGGAGUCUCUGGAGCACAGCCUAGAGGACGGCUCCAUCUAUGAGCUGAGCGAUGACCCCGAUGUUUGGGUCAGAGGACCUGGGCCCUCAUUUAAGGAAUCAGCACGUAUUAGGGAGAAAGUGACUUCAGCCGCCGUUAUAUCCGGUGGAAAAGGGUUCCGCCGACUUGCUAGCCCCUCUAACUCGCAUGACUCAAGUGAGAACACGCUCAUGGUCUGGCAAUUGCCCAUGACAGUUUGAGGAACUAAUGAAUUCUUCAUCCUUUGGCUUUCAUAAGGUGUUUUUGCAGUGAUUUUGGAGGGAGAAUUGGAUCAUUGAAGGACAAACAGACUGUAAACCUGUAUUUGUAUGGUUUAUGGGGAUUAUUUAUUCCACUUCUCCUCCUGAAGGUUUUUUUUUUUUAAGUAAACGAGGGGCAAGUUUAAUCAAUAUUACGCCACAAAUGCUGUUGAUUGAACUGGAAUAUUCCUGUAAAAGGAUAGUUCUCCCAAAAUUGAAAAUUCUGUCACCAUUUACCUCAAGUUUUUCCAAACCUGUAUGAGUUUCUUUCUUCUGCUGAAAGCUAAAGGCGAUAUUUUGAAGAAUAUGGAUAACCAAACAGUUAAUGCGCUCUAUUGAAAAAAAAAAAAAAGAAAAAAAAACUAUGGAAGUCAAUGGUGCCCAUCACCUGUUUGGUUAUUCUUAUUCUUCAUAAUAUCUUCUUUUGCGUUCAGCAGAAGAAAUAAUAAAAAUCAUACAGGUUUGGAACAAGGUGAGUAAAUGAUGACAGAAUUUCUAAUUUUAGGUUAAACAGCACUGUUCAAUAUUCGUCUAUCGUAAUAAUAGUAUGCACUCAGUCGGCUAAAUAACGCACCACAUCUAAAUAUGAUUUAAUCUCACCUCUUGAAAAUAUCACUAAACGACUGAUAGCACCAAAUCGCAUGCAAGGAAUCAGGGUAAGUGAAAAAAAGUUUUGUUUUUGCAUAUGUAAUACAUAAAGUAAUCCUUAGUAUGUAUCUGAGUAUUGGUUGUGACCCAAUUCUUUCUUGUUUAAAUGAAAAAAGAUAUUUUUUAUGCAUCACCACCAAAGUGGUGUGCACUGAAAGUAAGGUUGAAUAUAUGGAGUCAGUCUAUUUAAAUGUGUUGUAACGUUAUUUUAGUGUAAAAUGUGGUACUUGUUUCUGGUGGUUUUCGUUGUUCGCAGUGUCACUUUUAAAAUAAAACAAUGAAAUCAUAUUUA